AUGCUAGGAAUAAUCUGUACCUGGGUGAUUUACGAAAACGUUUUUCUAGUGCAUAAUCGUUACGAGAACGGCAGAACUUCUUUUAACGUGGUCGACUCGGAAUUAAGUAAAUCCUACACAAUAUAUCGGACCGAAAAUGCGACUCUUACAGAAUUUAACGGAGUUCGUGCUAUUAUCCAAAUGGAUAAGGAAGUUUAUUUUCCAGGUGAAGCAAUGAAAAUUCGUGUUGUUUUUGUUUAUGCGGAAAAUGGAACCCUUGUUCCCCUUCGUGUUUCCCGUUCAAUAACACUCAAAGUUGUUUUUCCUGAUAAGCAUGAGCAGCCUUUACCACCCAACGUGGAAGGAGUUUAUCAGUUGGUUCUUUCAGCAAAUAAGGGUAAAUUCUCUCUUUCUCGCAGCUUUAUGGUUGCUUCGAUCAAUCGAAACCGUGUGUUUAUCGACAUUUCCCUGGAUAAAGAUAUCUACAAUUUCGGCGAAACUGCCUUUGUUAAUGUGUCGACCAGCAUUUUGGACAGCACAUCUCUGCAUAGUGGUUUUUCCGAAACCAUCCAAACAAAUCAAGUCAUUGCUGCCAACUUCACCAUUCCUUCCAUCACCGCGCUGUAUUCCUCCUUCAUCGAAGUUUCCUUUGUAAUGAACGGCGAUAAAACAACGCAAACGAAGCUCCUCCCGAUUUCCUCCACCGAGCAAGUCUCUGUUUUCAUCUAUCCAGAGGGAGGAUUUCUAGGCUGCUCGCUAAAGAAUCGCUUUUACUUCCAAGCCCUGGAUCGUUUCAAUAAGUCGAUCAAUGUGGAGGGACGCGUAUUGGAUUCGGCCAAUCAGAUCGUAGCGAAAGUGAUAUCGGGAGUGGAUGGUCGAGGACGAAGCGAUCUGUUUUCUGUGUCUCCCAAAGAGACAUAUUUCUUUGAAAUCACAGCGCCGAUUCCGUUUGUUGGACAGAGGACGAAGCUUCCUACAUGUGAAAAGCUCCCUGUGCUUGAAGCGUUUUUCGAAAACAACAAAAUUCAUGUGAAUAUUCAGACCCAACCGGAUCAGCAAACUCCGUUCUGGCUUGAAUUAUAUCGACAAACGCGGCUGCUAACUGAAAUUAGCAAUCCAGGGAAUAAGAAAUCGUUUGAAAUAGAUCCCCAGGGUUAUUAUGGAGUGAUUCGGGUGACUUUGUCGAUCCCUGGAAGGCAGCAUUGUCAUAUUGGAAACCGAAUGUUCGUUUCGGAACGAUUGGUGUUUGUUCCUCCUCCUCCUUCGGAUUCUUCUUCUCUUGCGAUUUCGAUUGACAGUCAAAAGAAUCAUAAGGGUUUUGUGUUUGAGAGCGACGAUGUUUUAACUAUUCGUCCUGAUUUUGGAAGCAAAUCGGGAGUGGCGAUGUUAAUAGUCAUUGAUAAAAAGGAUGUCAAAAAUCUGGGCAAUUUUAAGAAUCAAAUGAUGGAUGAGUUCUUGUUAGGAUCGGAAGUUCUCGACUUUACGGACACAAUGAAACGCUUCUUGCAUGAAUCCAACAUGGAAGAACUCGACUAUUUGAUGGGUGUCCAAGGAUGGAGACGUUUUGUGUUCCAAUGUCCCACCGAAAUCCCCCCAAAACAAGCCAAUCUUGUACUAGGGAACCUCACCGCGGUGCAGGCCGAUCCCUCGGAUAAUGCAAAUGAAUUGGAUCCCAUUUCUCCCUUCGGAAUGUUUGCUCGAGGCAACAGAAGGGAUGAUCGAAUCCGAAUGAAUUUGAUGGCGGCUCCUCGAGCUGCGAUGAUGGAAGAUGUUCGAGAAGAAGUCGACGCCGUUCCACCGGUUGUGCCGGAGAGAGCGAUGGCGAUGAAUAUGGCGGAGCGAAUCGUCGGAAGAGACGUGGCCAAGCAGAAAGUUGCUGCACUUGAGGUCCCGUUGCUGUUCCCGGAGUUCCGAAAGCGAGCCAGCACGAUCGUUUGGAAGCCUGCGCUCCGCGUGGAAAAAGGAGAAAUCAAAGCGAGUAAGUGGAACGUGCCGCUGCCAAAUGUGGCUACCACCUAUUUGGUGUAUGUGAAUUUUAUUAGCGACGGCGGAAUCCAAGAGCGAACCGAAGAGAUCCAAACGAUCCGAACCUUGUAUAUGGAGUCCAAAUUGAGGGCGGGAACGCUUCUGCUCUGCGAGGAUGAUGUGAUGAAACUCCCGUUUACGCUGAUUAACAACGGGGAACACAAUGUUUCAUUGGCGUUGAAGAGCAAGGCGCCGUCAGAUUGGGUCUCCGUCGAGGACGGCGAGUUUUCGGUGGCUGGUUCGUCGAGUGCCCGCGGUUAUGUGAAGAUUCUUGCGCGAUAUCCGAAUGUGUUUUCUUUGAUUUCUCGCCGCAUGAACAGAGGGUUCUUCAUCAACCAGGCGACUGAGAAUUUGAUUCGAAGUGUGACUCCGUUGAGAAUGCUGCGAGUGAAUCUGAUCGAUCCUAACACUGCCGAAAUCGCGGGGAAUGAGCCGGAUUCAGAGGAUCGAGUUGGAUUGUAUAGAAGAAGAGGAAGAAAUUCGCGAGCAAUCGAUUCGAUCGAGAAAACGUCGAUCGUUCAGUUAGCCGGAACGGAGGAAUCGACGGCGAAGCAGUCGGUUCGAGUGCAUGUUCCUGCGAACGGCGUCGAACGCUAUCGCUUCGUGGCGAUCCGCAAUCUCAACAGCAUUUCCACGCUGCUUCGCGAGGCCGCCAACGUGUUAAUCCACGAACCCAACGGCUGCUUCGAGCAAACUUCCUCUUCUCUCUAUCCCAUGAUCGUUCUAUCGGAGAUCGAUUCGUUCUCCAACGCGAAGCAGCCCAUUCUCCACGGAUUGGAUCGCUUGCUUUCCUUCGAAGUCGAAGGCGGAGGCUUCUCUUGGUUCGGCAAAGCGCCCGCGCACGAAUCGCUUUCAUCGCUCGGCCUGCUUCAGUUCGUCGCGCUUCGUCCGCUGCUGAAGGAAUGGGAGGAGUGGGAGCGAUUGGAGAAACUGGAGAACGCGAUCAACCGCACGAUGACGUGGCUGGCUUCGAAAUUGGAUCGCGAAGAACGCGCGUUUGUUUCGCUGUCGAAGCAGUCGCUGGACUCGUUUGGAAGAGCGGAUCCGAUUGUGCAAGAAGCGUACGUCGUGUAUGCGUUGUCGCAGAUUUCGGAAUCGAAUUCGAUUGCGAAUCCGAUGUGGAAUGAAUUGAGCGCAGUCGCCGAUCGAAUUUACGAGGAUAUGCAGAAGAAGGCGAUUCCCAAUACCUAUUUGCUGGCUCUGCUCGCCAUCGCCUAUCGAAAUCUGGGAUGUGAAGAAAAGGCCCGACUUUUGGAAUCCCGGAUUUUGGAGAAUCUUCGCGAAGAUGGGUCGUUUGACCACAGCGAAAUGACGAUUACCUAUUCCCGCGGGAAUAGUCUGUUGAUCGAGACAGCGGCGUUGGCGGGCCUUUCGCUGUCCAAUUCGAAUUCGAACGAAGAAGCGCAGAAUCGCAUUUCCAUGUUUUUAAUCUCCCAGUACGCGAACGGUCACUUCGGAUCCACGCAGGGAACGAAUUGCCCUGUAACGGCCGUUUUGGAUGGAGAUAAAAGUGUGGAGCUUUCUUCGAAGGAAGAACAAAUCCCGCUGAAGACAAGCGGAGAUCAUGAACUGGAGCUGAGGUCGGAGUGUAAGGCGACGAUCUCUGUAGUGACUUCGUACUUGAUUGCUGUGCCCGAAAAUGGAAAUUCGACCCUGAAAAUGGAGUUCCUCGUCCCAAACACGAUGCAUGCCAAGGAGGGAAAGCUGGUACAGCAGCAAGUUCGUGUAACGAACCAUGGAGAGGCGAUGGGAAUGGUAACCGCUGUCAUCGGGAUUCCGAGCGGAGUGGAGGUGGAAAUGGACCACUUGAAAUCCAUUCAAGAAGAAGGCGCGUUUGAUUAUUUCGAAGUGAGAGGGAGAGACUUGAUUGUGUACUGGGAAACGGUGCCGGCAGAGUUUGAGAGGACAUUUUACGUUGCGAUGAUUCCUUUGGUCCCAGGUUUUUAUCAAACGCCUGCCAGUUACGUUUAUGAGUACUACAAUCGGGACAAUAUCCACUGGAUUCCCGGAAUGACUUUAAUAAUUGAUGAGUGA